CAGAAAGAAGAAUGAAUGACAUCGGACCAAUGGGCUGCAAUUCGUCAUCGAUCUGCACGUACACCGCUUAUCGAAACCUGUGAUACAGCAUGGCCAAAAGCAGGACUCAAGAUAUUUCAUAAUCACCAUUCACUAUUUAUACAUAACCAUAGUGUCUGGCUUUAGCAGUCGACAUCUCGGCAACAAACAGGAAAGGUUUUCAAGAUGACUUCUCCAGCUCGGCGCCGACAAUUGGAGCAGCAGCAAUAUGAGAUGGAGCGCCUGGUGAUCGUAGAGGACGAAGAAGACGAACGCAACGGUGGCCCCUCGGAAAACACCCAGACGCAGAAGUUGAUGCACUGCUGUGUGCCGUACUUGGGCAUCGUAUUGGCCACCGUGUCCAGCCUCUUCUUCUCCCUGUGCUCUGUGAUAGUCAAGAUUCUGGUGGACAUCCACCCAAUGGAGCUGGCCACCUGCCGGUUCGUCGGGGUCCUCCUGCCGGCCAUCCCGAUCCUCAUCUACCGCCAGGAGGACCCUUUCCCGCGCGGCUCCCGGCUGGCCCUGAUCGCCCGCUGUUUUGUCGGUACCACCGGCCUCAUGCUCUCUUUCUACGCCUUCAGACACAUGCCCCUUGCCGACGCCUCCGUGGUCGUCUUCAGCGUGCCUGUCUUUGUGGCCGUCUUCGCCCGAAUCUUUCUUAAGGAGCCCUGCGGCGUUUUCCACAUGGUCACCAUCUUUUUGACCUUGAUAGGGGUCAUGCUGAUCACCCGGCCGCCCAUGCUGUUCGGCUCGUCCGCCGAGUUGGAAGAUGAGUACAGUAUGUGGGGCGCCAUUGCCGCCUUCUCUGCCACCAUCUUUGGCGCCAACGCCUACGUUUUGCUUCGGGCGCUCAAGAGGCUCCACUUUUCAGUCAUCAUGGCUAAUUUCGGGUCGUUUGCAAUCUUCCAGACGGUCCUGGUGACCUUUCUGCUGGGUGAAUUGUGCAUUCCAAGGUGCGGCCGUGACCGUCUGCUGGUUGUCGCCCUGGCCCUCUUCAGCUUUGGAGGACAGAUCCUGCUCACUGUGGCUCUGCAGAUCGAGCAGGCUGGUCCGGUGGCGCUGGCUCGCACCGCUGACAUCGUGUUCGCCUUCAUCUGGCAGGUCAUGUUCUUCGGCGAGGUGCCUAACAAGUACAGCAUCUCUGGCGCCAUCCUAGUCACCAGCUCGGUGCUCCUAACUGGCCUGCGAAAGUGGCUGAUAGCCCUGCCUGAGGAGGCGCCUCUCCGACAGGCUCUCUGGGUGCUCACUCGAUGAAAAGUUUGCUGAUUUAAUUAAGUGUACAAGUUUUGCCAAUGGUGCGGUGAAAACAAAGGUGCUUGUUGUGAAACUACUUGAUUGUCACGUGAAAUAAUUCCUCCACAUUUUUGUGCCCAAGAAUCGAUAUUAUUGUUGCCUCAGUAUUUUUUUUUAUGAAUCCCAUGCCUGCUUUGCCUCCUCCGAUUAUUUUCUCUAUACUGAAAACUUGACUAAUUUUUCACUUUGGAAUUGUUAGAUGUUUAGUGUAAUACAAAUUAACAUUCUGAUUAGGGUAUUACAAGAUUGAGGAGAACUUUUUAAGACGUUCUCCAGUUUGGAAGUACGUUUGAGUCGGCGGUGUUUUCACUGUUGUUCAUGCACAAUAUUUUGGGCGAAUUUUGGCUUAUUUUCUUAAUUGAUCUAAAACGUUUUGAGAAAAAUUUCUAUAAAAGUUCUUGAAGUUUUAUCUUCAUGAGUGAAUACUAGAACGUAAUUUACUGCCAGCAGUUUUCUCAACAAAACUCAAGUUUGGUAAUCAUGAUAAAGCAAUUAGUGAGCAGUUUAUAGUUGAUUAAGAGCGAUUAUGACAGAAAUAUCACUUUUGUAUACUUAAAAUCACACAUCACAUGAUUGAUAAUAAAAAUAUAACAUUAUUAUAAUGCUAGUCAUACUCAAUAAAAGGCAUAGUGUGAGUCUCAAGACGAAAAUAAAAUAUGCAUUACUUUAUUUCUAAUUUUAAAUUAAUACCUGAUGGCGUGAUAAAAAUAUUAGAUACAUAAAUUAAUAAUUUGUUAAAAAUACCUAAGAAAAUUGUUUUAAAUUUAUUAUUAUUAUAAUAUUGUAUAUGUAUUA